UUGAAUCAAAAUUCUCGUGCCAGUGGAAUGCCAUUUUUAAAAAGCACGGAGAAGAAACUCUCUGUUAGUCAACGACGGGAAAUCGCGUCGUAUAAAAAUGGUCUUCGCUGUAAAAUUUUUAAUAUUUCUGGCAACAGUUACAAGGGAGAGUGGAAGAAUAACGAGAGACACGGCAAAGGAAUAUUCUUAGAGACAUCGGGGAAACGAUACGAGGGCGAUUGGGAGCAUGGACUUCGACAUGGAUAUGGUAUCCAGAGCCAUAUGGAACCCCAUUGCUUACACGCAAUAGAGUACACUGGCGAAUGGUACGAAGGAAAACGACAGGGUCAGGGAAUAAGUUAUUAUGCUGAUGGGAGCUAUUAUGAUGGUGCUUGGUUAGACAACAAACGCCAUGGCCAUGGGCGUAUGUGGUUUGCCGAUGGAACAUUCUAUGAAGGUGAAUGGAAAAAUGACCAAUUUCAUGGCCUUGGACUUUUUGCCUAUGCUAAUGGAAAUCGCUAUGAAGGAGAAUGGAAAUGUGGUCUUAAGAAUGGAUGUGGUCGAUACUAUCACUUGGACAGUGGACAGUUGCAAGAAGGAGUGUGGAUUAAUGGAAACUGUUCCUGUAGUACCAUGACAGAUAUAUACUAUCGGCAAACAGCUAAGGAUCCAACACAGUAUCCCAUUCCAGAGUGCUGUAUGCAGGAAUCUGACAGUUUGUAUCAGACCUGGAUAGAGUCCCUACUUUAAAAACAUUUGCUGUGAUGGUAAGAAAAUAAUACACAUAGAGGAAGUAGCAGUAGAUGGAGCACUUGCACACUGGAGCUGUUCUGUGAAGGUACAGAGGCCAUUAAUUGUCUUGGACACUUCAUAAAUGAAGCAACAUACUUGAUUCUGACUACACUAAUGAUGUCUCUGAGUGAAGACCAUUGUUGCUCCUAAGGGCCAUAGUUAUUUUGUAUGUGUGAGAAGUAGGUAACAAAUAUAAAUAUUGGGGACAGCCAUUUGAUUUAAAUGCAUAAGUGAAUGACAUUUUGUCUUAGUGGUGUUCAUUUUUGUAUGUCAGAGAAACAUAAAUUAAAGUCUUAUUAAUUUUUUGAAGCAAGAGACAUGCAGUAAGUAAUAUUUGUGGUACUGUUGUGUGGUGUGAUAUAAAUUUUAAGUUGUGUCAGAUAUAUUGGGAUUUCAGGCAAGAAUUUUUGUAUUAACCUUGUGGUACAUCUUGUCAUUGUAGCUGAAACACUAUCAUUCUUGUAAACAUACU